CCCAUGUGCUCGCCUCAGCCCGCUCCCUUGCUAAUUGCACGGCUGGGAUUAGUGGGGAGGGAAAUGACAGCCGGGAGGGAGCGAGCCCGGGUGGCUCCCGCAGCUGCCUCGCCUCGCGCUGCCAGCGCAGGCCGGGAUGCCGCGCACCCUCCUGCCUGACCCGCUUCGGGGCGACUUCUGAGAACACCCCCCCUCCUUCCACAUACACACACAUACACACACACACACAUAGAGGGACACCCUCCCCGCGAGGGCGGCGAGGGCGGGGGGCGCCGAUGGUGCUGCCGCCAUGCCGGUGAUGAAAGGCUUGUUGGCGCCGCAGAACACCUUCCUGGAUAACAUCGCCAACAGGUUCGAUGGGACACACAGCAACUUCCUCCUGGCCAACGCUCAGGUGCAUCGUGGCUUCCCCAUUGUCUACUGCUCGGACGGAUUCUGUGACCUCACUGGCUUUGCCCGGACAGAAGUCAUGCAGAAGAAUUGCAGCUGCCGCUUCCUCUAUGGCUCCGAGACCAGCGAAGCUGUUCUGCAGCGCAUCGAGAAAGUGCUGGAAGGAAAGCAGGAGUACCAAACUGAAGUCUGCUUCUACAGAAAGGGAGGAACACCUUUUUGGUGCUUGCUGGACAUCGUACCUAUCAAGAAUGAGAAAGGCGAGGUGGUCCUGUUCCUCUUCUCUUUCAAGGACAUCACUGACAGCCAUGGAAAGACAAGCCAGCCAACCGAAAAAAAGGAUGAAAAGCACCGCUGUAAGAGGGCAGGGAGUUCCCACCUGCGAGCAGCCAGAAGACAAGGGCGCACAGCUCUGCACCAUAUCACGAGGCAAUUCAGCAGGAGAGAACGGACAGAGAUGAAGAUCAACAGUGAUGUCUUUGAAAGCAAGCCCUCGGUGCCUGAGUAUAAAGUAGCCUCUGUACAGAAGUCGCGCUUCAUCCUCCUCCACUACAGCAUCUUCAAAGCCCUGUGGGAUUGGCUUAUUCUCCUAGCCACAUUCUAUGUAGCCGUGACUGUUCCGUACAAUGUGUGCUUUACCGACAUUGAGGACAACUUGGCAGCUGCCCGUAGCACCAUUGUCAGUGAUAUCGCGGUGGAGAUGCUUUUCAUUGUUGACAUUAUCUUGAACUUCCGGACCACGUAUGUGAGUCAGUCGGGCCAAGUGAUUUAUGACACCCGUUCCAUCUGCCUCCACUAUGUGGCUACCUGGUUCUUUGUGGACUUAAUUGCAGCCUUGCCCUUUGACCUCCUCUAUGUCUUCAAUGUUCCAGUGACCUACCUGGUGCAUCUGUUGAAGACGGUACGUCUCCUGCGCUUGCUACGCCUCCUCCAGAAGCUGGACCGCUACUCUCAAUACAGCGCUAUGGUUCUGACUUUACUCAUGUCCAUGUUUGCCUUGUUGGCCCACUGGAUGGCUUGCAUCUGGUAUGUCAUUGGCCGGCAGGAGAGCAACGAUCCAGUGACCUGGGACAUUGGUUGGCUUCAUGAACUGGGCAAGCGGAUAGAAGCCCCUUACAUCAACAACUCAGUAGGUGGACCAUCCAUCCGCAGUGCUUACAUUGCUUCCCUGUACUUCACCCUCAGCAGCCUGACCAGUGUGGGCUUUGGCAACGUCUGUGCGAACACGGAUGCCGAGAAAAUCUUCUCCAUCUGUACCAUGCUGAUUGGUGCUUUGAUGCAUGCUGUGGUCUUUGGCAAUGUGACUGCCAUCAUCCAGCGCAUGUAUUCACGGCGCUCCCUCUAUCAUACCCGCAUGAAGGAUCUCAAGGAUUUCAUCCGUGUCCACCGCUUGCCCCAGCAGCUCAAGCAGCGUAUGCUAGAGUACUUCCAGACCACGUGGUCUGUCAACAACGGCAUUGAUGCCAACGAGCUCCUACGUGAUUUUCCAGAUGAGCUGCGGGCUGACAUUGCUAUGCACCUGAACAAGGACAUUUUGCAGCUGCCACUGUUUGAGAGUGCAAGCCGCGGCUGCCUGCGAGCCUUAUCCCUCCACAUCAAGACCUCCUUCUGCGCUCCUGGCGAAUACUUGCUCCGCCAGGGGGACGCCUUGCAAGCACAUUACUUUGUCUGCUCAGGUUCCCUUGAAGUCUUAAAGGACAACAUCGUGUUGGCUAUUUUAGGUAAAGGGGACCUCAUCGGUGCUGACCUGCCCAGCAAAGACCAAGUCAUCAAGACCAAUGCCGAUGUCAAAGCACUCACCUACUGCGAUCUCCAAUACAUCAGCCUGCGUGGGCUCUUUGAGGUGCUGGAGUUGUACCCUGAAUAUUCUGCCAAGUUCAUGGCAGACAUUCAUCAGGACCUCACCUUCAACCUACGUGAGGGGAGUGAGAUUGAGGGACUUAUCCGAUUCUCCAGGUCCCCACGUUUAUCCCAGUCUCAUUCUGAAAGUGGUGCUGCCCCUGAGAAGCCCCUGCCUUCCAUCCAAGAAUACAGUGAGGACCCGGAGGACUUCUUCCAACCCUCUCCUGCUACCAUCACUCGUCGCAAACUCCUGCUGCCCAACCUCAACAGUCCUGUGAGGAAGGGCUCUCUUAGCAGCCUGCUAGGAGAUGACCUGCGCCAAUUUUCAGCCCUGCGGAGAAAUUGUCGGUCUCCAGCCCGGUGCAGCCGAGGCCGUCGCCCCUCUCCGCUAAGCCGCCAGGAGGAACGUUUCUCCGACAGUGAGGACACCAGUGGUCGGAAGCUGGGCAAACUCCUCAUUCCUUCCCUCAUGAACUAUGGAUCUCCUGACCUCAGCCCCAGAGUCGUAGACGGAAUUGAAGAUGAUGGUGGAGCCUUGGAGACACAAACCUUUAGUUUCAAUGUGGAUCAACCUCUGCAGAGCUCUGCACAAGAGCCACCUGUGUCAGGGAUGGAACAAGCCAGCCCCACGUUGCCUGCAGAAGCUGAUGAGGUAAAGCAGAACAUCAGGAGGCUCAACCAAGAGAUCAACAAUCUGAACCGGGAAGUUUCCCAACUCAGCAAGGACUUGCAGCAGCUGAUGAGCCUCCUCCAAAGUCAGCUUGCUGCUCAAUCUUCCUACCUCCCUGCUUCAGCUUGUUCCCACAACUAUGGCCAAACCUCUCCCUCCUCACGUCCUGUCAGCAGACUGCCUUCCUCUCAGGCCUCUGUUUCCAUGCCGACCACCAGCCUCUUGGCCUCAUCAAGCAUAGACUUCCCUGCCUUCACCAACUCCCUGCCUUCUGAUGCUUCUCCGUGUACAGAGCCCUUGGAACUCCAGGAGAGCAGGGGUUCUGCCUCCUGCGGCCCUGCAAGCCCCUCAUACCAGUAUCACUCGCCUCGGGCAGAUGCAAGACAUGGAAGGCGCCACUGCGGGCAGACGGCCAAUAUGACUUCUUCUUAUUCAAGCUCACCCAUGUUGUGUCCUGUUACCUCUCUCUCUCCAAGAAACUCUUUUUCCACCUGCUCGGGACAGGGGCAUCCGCCAGCACGCUUCUAUUUCCGGUCAAGUUCAGAGACUUUUCACUGAUGCCAAGGAAACUCCUGUCACAGCUUUUCCCUUCUGGAUAUUUGGUGCUGAAGACUCAGCAAUUACCAGCACCAAUAUCUAUGUCGUAUAUUUGUUACUGUGGGAUUUCUUCUCUUUUUUUGUGGGUUUUUUAAAAAAUUCUGUCUAUGAAAAGGAAAGGGAUUACUGUGAGAGACAAAAUGAUAAUUUGAAUUCCAGAUUCUGAACAUGUUUUUUUUUCAAGAAAGCACUGUUUAAAAGCAGUGGCCCAGAACCUGUGGCCAUCUAGACAUUUUGUGCUACAACUCCCAGAAGACCAGGUAGCACGUAAGAAAAGUGAAAGUUGUAGUCUAACACAUCUGGAUCAAUGGUUCCCAACCUUAGGUAAUCCAGGUGUUCUUGGACUGCAACUCUCAGAAGCCUUCACCUCUAGCUGUGCUGGCCAGGAUUUCUAGGGGUUACAAUCUAAGAACACAUGGUUUAUCCAAGAUUGGGAACAACUGAUCUAAAGGACCAAAGUUUCCCUGCCUCUGUUUUAGAAAACUUGAAUCAUAAAUCUUGGUAAUAUAUUUGAAGGCAAUAAUAUUAUGCAUUGACUGGCCAGAUAAAGUCUUCAGAUCUUUAUAUCUAACAGCAUCCAGUCCAUCAGUCAGCAUGCUGAGAAUUAGAAUUAUGCUUGCAUGUAAAUUAGAAAAUCACUGAGACUGAUUUGAACUAUUUUGAGGUUGGAGGAAAACAUCCCUAUGGAGCUUUCAUUCUUGGUACUCAAUGUGAGACAUGGUCCAUCAGGAAGUUCACCUGCAUCAGCCUCACUGAAUUAAGUAUGAACUACAGGAGCAAUACUUGUGCCGUUCCCAUUCUUUUUAGUGAGGCUUCUGCAGAAGAAUUUCCAGUGGAUUGUGCCCUAUGGGUAAACUCUAUCUAUCCUCCUCUUGGCCACCCUCAAAGACAUCCCAGAUGCUUUGCUUGCAGCAGUCAGCUUUACCUCAUCUUUACCUCAUCAUGGUAGGGCUCCCUCUGAGUGAGGGUAUGUAUGCAUUUCUACCAACACAUUCAAAUUAGGCGUAAUUCUCCAUAUUUCUUUUAUCUUCUCUUGGUUUUGACUUGACUUUGGUUUUUCUUUCCAAAAAAUAUCUGAACUAAGAGCUUUGUUGCUUUUGGCCGAUGGCUGUGUGUUUUUCUUUUUCUUUCUAUGAAUAAUUUAUUAUUUUCUUUUCCUUCCCCUUUCUUUUAAUAUUUAUGGUAAAGGAGAGUGCAGAAAGAAGUAUGUGAACCUUCAG